AUGGCAAUUCAGAGCACUCUCACUCUUAUUCCUUCUUCUCUUUCUUCUGCAAAAUCCACUCUCUUUCAUCGCAUUCCCAGUAAGGUUAGGCCCUCUCGAACUGUUCUCUUUCAAAAUGGCGGGGUAUCAUCUAUCCCCGUUGGUGAGGACUUGCCACACGAUUAUGAUAACUGGUUACCUAAACGGGACCACAAGAGUCGCAGAAGGGCUGGAAUUCUCCUCCAUCCUACGUCGUUUCCUGGACCCUACGGCAUCGGUGACCUGGGAUCUCAGUCCUUCCAAUUCCUUGAUUGGCUUAACGAAGCCGGCUGCUCUCUAUGGCAGGUUCUUCCUCUUGUUCCACCUGGAAGAAGAGCUAAUGAAGAGGGAUCCCCUUAUUCUGGACAGGAUGCAAAUUGUGGUAAUACUCUUUUGAUUUCUCUUGAGGAACUAGUAGAAGAUGGCCUGUUGUUGAAGGAAGAGCUUCCAAAACCGUUAGAUAUGGAUCGUGUGAAUUUCUCUACUGUUGCUGAGAUUAAGGAUCCUUUGAUAGCUAAGGCUGCAAAAAGGCUGAUUAGUGAUGGGGGACUGAAGGAUCAGCUUGAACAGUUCCGCAAGGAUCCAACUAUUGCAGGUUGGCUUGAAGAUGCAGCAUAUUUUGCUGCCAUUGAUGACUCUUUAAAUACAUUUACUUGGUAUGACUGGCCUGAACCAUUGAAAAAUCGCCAUCUUGUUGCUUUGGAAGAAAUUUAUCAAAGCAAAAAGGAGUUUAUAGACAUAUUCAUUGCUCAACAAUUUUUGUUUCAAAGGCAAUGGCAAAAAGUUCGUGAAUAUGCUCAGAUGAAGGGCAUCAGUAUUAUGGGAGACAUGCCUAUAUAUGUUGGUUAUCAUAGUGCAGAUGUUUGGGCUAACAAGAAACACUUUUUGCUGAGUAGGAGCGGCUUUCCACUACUAGUUAGUGGUGUUCCCCCUGAUGCCUUUAGCAAAACUGGUCAGCUUUGGGACAGCCCUCUAUAUGACUGGAAAGCCAUGGAAAAAGAUGGAUAUUCUUGGUGGAUUAGGAGGUUAAGACGUGCACAGAAUCUAUUGGACGAACUCAGGAUUGAUCACUUUAGAGGACUUGCUGGCUUUUGGGCUGUCCCCUCUGAAGCAAAAGUUGCAAUGGUAGGACGUUGGAAGGUUGGACCCGGAAAGUCUUUAUUUGAUGCUAUAUUCAAAGACGUUGGAGAUCUAAACAUCAUAGCAGAAGACUUGGGAGUGAUCACUGAAGAUGUAAUUCAGCUUAGGAAGGCCAUUGGAGCACCUGGAAUGGCAGUCCUCCAGUUUGGUUUUGGAAGUGAUGCUGAAAACCCUCAUUUGCCUCAUAAUCAUGAGCAGAACCAAGUGGUGUACACUGGCACUCACGAUAAUGACACGAUUCGAGGAUGGUGGGAUGUCUUGCCACACGAUGAGAAAUCCAAUGUACUAAAAUAUCUUGGAAAUAUCAAGGAAGAUGAAAUCUCAUGGGCACUAAUUCAGGCUGCACUUUCUUCAGUGGCGCAAACUACUAUUAUACCGAUGCAGGAUAUUAUUGGGUUGGGAAGUUCUGCUAGGAUGAAUAUUCCAGCAACUCAGUUUGGAAACUGGAGUUGGAGGAUCCCCAAGUCCAUGAGCUUUGAUAGUUUGAAUGCAGAAGCAACAAAACUAAGAAAUUUGCUCGCGAUCCCUCUAUAUGACUGGAAAGCCAUGGAAAAAGAUGGAUAUUCUUGGUGGAUUAGGAGGUUAAGACGUGCACAGAAUCUAUUGGACGAACUCAGGAUUGAUCACUUUAGAGGACUUGCUGGCUUUUGGGCUGUCCCCUCUGAAGCAAAAGUUGCAAUGGUAGGACGUUGGAAGGUUGGACCUGGAAAGUCUUUAUUUGAUGCUAUAUUCAAAGCCGUUGGAGAUCUAAACAUCAUAGCAGAAGACUUGGGAGUGAUCACUGAAGAUGUAAUUCAGCUUAGGAAGGCCAUUGGAGCACCUGGAAUGGCAGUCCUCCAGUUUGGUUUUGGAAGUGAUGCUGAAAACCCUCAUUUGCCUCAUAAUCAUGAGCCGAACCAAGUGGUGUACACUGGCACUCAUGAUAAUGACACGAUUCGAGGAUGGUGGGAUGUCUUGCCACACGAUGAGAAAUCCAAUGUACUAAAAUAUCUUGGAAAUAUCAAGGAAGAUGAAAUAUCAUGGGCACUAAUUCAGGCAGCACUUUCUUCAGUGGCGCAAACUACUAUUAUACCGAUGCAGGAUAUUAUUGGGUUGGGAAGUUCUGCUAGGAUGAAUAUUCCAGCAACUCAGUUUGGAAACUGGAGUUGGAGGAUCCCCAAGUCCAUGAGCUUUGAUAGUUUGAAUGCAGAAGCAACGAAACUAAGAAAUUUGCUCACGAUCCCCACGGCACAAGCCAGCAGUUCUCCUCUUCUUCCUCCCCUCGACGACUUCCCAGUACACGCGCCACUUCGCCAGGAUAAUCAAAUGGAGGAUGCGACUCAAGUAGAAGACGAAAGGUCCGAAGAAAUCUCAGAAAACACCCCUGACAAGAAGCAAGAAACCCUUGAAGAGAUGCUUUUUAGGCACAGGAAAGAGACAAUGGAUCUACAGAACAAAGAAAUUGCAAUGAAAAAGGCAGCAGCUAAAGGCAGCAAGGCUGAACAGAAAGCUAAGAAGAAACAAGUUGAUGAAGAUAUAUCUAAGCUUUCAACGAAGCUCAAAGAAAGACACGCGGAGGAACUGGCUUCUAUAGGAUAUAGCAGUGCUGCUGAGAAUGGAAGAGGAAAUCUUGACAAUUUGGUAAAGGCCAUUGCUGGGGUUUCAGUCACCAAUCAAGCUGACCAUUCAAAACCUAGCAAGGGUGUCAAGCGGCGUGAGAAAAGAUCUCAACAGGAAGCUGCCAGAGAACAAAGAAUACAAGAAGAGCAGAGCAAGAUGGUAAGUGACCGAAUGAUUGAAAGCGAGAAGUUAGAACAAAAGUUGGAACCCCUUGGAUUGACAAUUAAUGAAAUAAAGUCCGAUGGGCACUGUCUUUACCGAGCUGUCGAGGAUCAGUUGGCCAUUCUCUCUGGAGGUUCUUCUCCCUGUACUUACCAAGAACUUCGGGAAAUGGUAGCUGCUUAUAUGCGGAAACAUUCAUCAGAUUUUCUUCCAUUUUUUCUCUCUGAGAAUAUAGCAGAGGGAGAAUCUGAAAAAUCUCUUGCAGAAAGGUUUGAGAAUUACUGUAGAGAAGUGGAGUCAACGGCAGCAUGGGGAGGACAGCUAGAACUUGGCGCUCUAACCCAUUGCCUCAAGAAACAUAUUACUGUAUUUUCAGGAUCUUUUCCUGAUGUGGAGAUGGGAAAGGAAUACAAAUCUGCUGAUGGGACUGGCUCAUCUAGUUCAAGUAUUAUGCUAUCGUAUCAUAGGCAUGCUUUUGGGCUCGGAGAGCAUUAUAAUUCAGUCGUCCGCAGUUGA